AUGUCAACGAGGAUCAGCGUGGGGGAACAGUCCACGGCUUAUAUACCUGGCGCAUGGUUUGAAGUAUACAAGUCCAAGCAAGCAUCCGGGCGAAUGUCAAAGUUCCUGCUAGGCGAUAUCAAACUCCCAUUCCGGCGUGGAGAACGCAGUCACCAAUGGGAAGAAGAAGCGACAAAGCGAAAAGUAGCAAAAGUCGCGCGAGACCCCUUGCCGCUGGACAGUGUGGUAGCAGUGGCCCUUUUGGGCGUUUCCCCCGCAAUUGUCUUGGGUUCGGGAUUGGAAGCGAACCCGACGCUUACCUGCAACGGGAAUGGCAAGUUCAAUACGAGAUACGUCUAG